AUGGAAUUGGUAACUGGUAAUUCUAGUGCUGACAUUAAACCGGUUCAAACUAAUGAAUCACCAAGUCAAUCGGCUUCACAAAAAGCAACUCCAACAAAUGCUGCUGCACCUGCCUCAAACGGUAAUAAUGCAGCCACAACAGCUGAAAAAGGGACUCCAGUAACGGCAGGAUUACCAUCUUCCACCAAACCAACACAAAUCACUGCAGAUAGUAAUAAUCCUUUACCAAGUCUCCCGGCAAAUCCAUAUGCAGGUGCCAAUGGAACAAUGACAUGGCAACAGUGUGUCGAUUACGGGAAAUAUUGUCGUGAUGUCAUUUGCGCGUUCCAAAACUACACAGCUACUU